CGUAAAUAUCAAGUAAAUAUAAAUGUAUUUUAGGUGUCAAAUGAUAGAUUAACAUCAAAAUAUUAUGAAAUCUUAUAAGAAAAAUAGUUUUAAACUUUACUGUGAAUAUAAAACAAACAAAGUAAUGUAUUACUUGUAUUUAUAUAAAAUUUUAUAUAACAUUUUUUAAUUUAUGAUUUUAAUAAGAUUAUAUAUUUACAUAGAAUAUUCUAUAUUAUUAUUAUUAUUAUCUUAUUGAUUUUGUAAUAUUUUGAAUUGAUCCAACUGGAAACCAAAUUUUUUAAUUAAUUUAUCGUAUUUAUUAAUUUAUCGAGUAUUAUAAUUUAUAGUCUCUACUGUAAUUUUUUUUAUAUUUUGCUAAGAUAUAAGGAAAUUUAAUCUCAUUUAUAAUUUUAGUGAAUUGAAUGGAAUAUAUAUUCUCUUCAUUGUGAUGAAAAUAAACAAAAUUUUACGGAAACAUAUAUCUUCCAUGUUUUGUUUUCCAGAUGAGUAAUUUUAUAAACAUGUGUUUUUUUUUCUUUUUGUUGUUGUUUAGUUGGUGUGAUUCAUCUAGAAUGUUUAUUUAAUUUAAAAUUUAAAUUAACUUUUAUUAAGAUGAUAAAUCUUGUGUUAUUUAAAUAUAUAUUUUUAAUUAUUUAAAUGCACUGUUAAGUGAUUUAAAAUGUCUACUAAUGUUUUCUUAAGUGCUGAAUUGAGGAUGAAGACGAGUUCGAUAUUGAGAUGCCACAUGUGUUUGAUGGUCCUGAACCUCAAUCGGAGAUCCCCCAGCCUCAAGCCAAUCCACACUUUGCAACACUUCAAGCGGCUUUUGAUAUGUACCACAGAAACCUCUCGAUCAUGAGUAGCCUCAUACAUCCGGACGAAGAUGGUAUGCACAUGGGUCUCUUGGCUCCACUAAGAGCAGGCAGACUACAAAACCAUCCAGAUCGUGUUCCAUGAUAUGAGUUAAGUUGCUGGACCACGAUAGAAACACUAUUUACGUGAAAGCCCAAUACUUAAUUGUCUUCAUGGGUCUUUCCAGUUAUGAGCUCAAUUUGUUUUGUUAAUAUGAUGUUUUAAUUUACAUUUUUUGGUUCUAUUGAAAUAUUUUGUAUAUGUUUCUGAUAUGAUGUUUUGAUCCACAAUACUUAUAAUAGUUUUUUUUCUUUUAAAAGAAUUUUAAAUCUUUGUUUUGUGGAUAUGAUGUUAUCAGAUUUAUUCAAAAUUCUUUUGAAUUUUUUUCUUUGUUUUAUGGAUAUGAUGUUUUGAUCCACAUGUUUUAAUAGUUUUUACGGUUAAGUAUUCAAUUUUUUCGCAGAUUCACAAUAUUUUAUAUAUAUUUUAAUUUUAAAUUUAUUUUUGAGAUCUAGAAAAUAUAUUUUUUUUAAAAAAUCUAAAAAUGCAUAUAGGCCAUUUGCGUUUUAUAAUCUUUUUAUUAUAAAAUUCAUAGCUACAGGUCUGUUAGAUUAAAUCUAAAAAAAUGAAUUUUAGAUCCAUUAGUAUUAAGAAACAUACUGUAACAGACCCAUUAGACGCAUGAACAAUUAUAGUUAAACCUUAAAACCUAAGUUCGAAAAGAUGAAAAAAAAAACAUUUGGGCUUGCCGUCUUUCAACGGCCGUCGAAAGCCUCCUUGAAUAUUUUUGUCAUAUGUUUUACUGAUUUGAAGUUCAUCAUCUGACAAAGAUCUUUGUAUUGUGUUUACAGUUGAUCUACAACAACACUCUUUGUUGCUAAAAUAUAGUGAAAUUUAAUUUUAUAUAUACUUUUAGUGUAUUGAAUGAAAUAAAUAUUCUAUUCAUUUUGAUGAAAAAUAAAAAAAAAAUUUAAGGAAGGAAACAUAUAUCUUAUGUGUUUUGUUUUCCAGAUGAGUAAUCUUAUAAACAUGUGACAUUUUUUUUUAUUUUCUUCUUUUAUUGUUGUUAAGUUGGUGUGAUUCAUCUAAAAUGUGUAUAAAAAUUAAACUUUGAAAUAUUUUUUUUGUUAAAACAAUUAAUAAUAUGCUAUUCUUCUUUUAUUUUUAUUUGAAAUGCACUGUUGUUGAACUUGUGACUUUAAAAUACUACUAUUUUUCUCAAGUGAUGGAUUUAAAGUAAUGUUUUAAUGAAAUUUAGUUUUUAAAGACAUAAAAAUUAAAAUCUUAUUGUUUUUUUUUUUGAAAUCAUAAGUAGAGUAGUGACAUUAAAUUGUUUUUGAAAUAAAAGGAAUUACAUAGUUAGUAACUACAACAACAUAACCAACAUUGCAAAAAAAAAUACUUAGGCCAUCAAAAAACAUAUUUUAAGGACAUAAUUCCGCAAAAAUUAGCCCACUAAUUACUUUUUUCUUACAUGUUACUUCAUGCUUUGCUUCAAUCAUGAUGCUCUAUCCAUAUAAAGAAGAAAUUAUGAGUUGUCCAACUGUAAAUGCAACUAGAAGCUAAAAAGGCAUGCUUUUAUUGUUUGAUUUUGGAUCAUAAACAACCAAGUUGUAGUACUCCAUAAAUGAAAACUUAACUAGCGCUGGUUCUAUGCUUAUCAUUUUCUUUUUGUAUCCACAACAACCUAAAAAUGAAUUACUACGAUCUAAUUGAAAUUAUAGUAACUUUGAAACUAAUUUGAUUUAAACUCAUGUAUAACCAAUAAUUUCAAAUCAAUAAAUACACAGUUAAUAAACCAUAGUAAUUUUGGUCCAAUAAAAACUAAUUUUAACUAAAUAAUUGUUUUUUCUUCUCGCAUCCAAAAUUGUGAAAAAUAAUUCGGACAUGUUGUUGACACAUAUGACUUAUACUACUUUCACGGUAUUGGGCUUAAGCUUUACAGAAGGAAAUCAUAUAUUACUAGCUUUUGAAGCCAUCUAAAAGAACAAAGCCGAAAGUGAACCUUAUAUUGCUGAAUUUGGUAUUCAACUCAUCUUUGUUCUCUUACACAUCAACGCGAUGGAAGCAAAGCUAGGUGAGAAAGUUGACUCGAUACAUGCAGUAGUCGGGAGACAUAUAAGAAAGGCUAAUAAGAAAGGGAUAAUAUUAGGCAUUUAAGCUAUUAGCAAUGACGAGAAAAUGAAGUUUCUGAGACGACAAGGAGACGGCCUAAUCAUUUGACAAACAAAUUUAGACUGCAUUAUUCAUAUAAAAGAAUAUAUCAAUGAUGUUAUUACAAAAAAAAAAAUACAUUCCAAUGGUUAGGUUAACUACAUUUUUUUUUCAAAAAAAAGGUGUUAAAAGCGUUCCUUUCCUUUUAGUCGAGUAGUAUAUAUGUUCCUUUUCUUUUGGCCGACAAAAAAAAGGUCGAGUAGUAUAUGUUCCCUAAGCUCACUUUUAAGCAACAUGAUAGCAUAAACUCUUCUCCAGUGUAAAUAUUUCUUGCCUAGCAAAUUUGUAGACAUCCAAUAAGUUUAAGAUCUUAACAAAAAAGAUAUUGUAAAUGUUAAGGUCUUAAACUUAGUUGGAGACUUGGAGUUAUCUAAUCGUGUAAUAUUGUAUUGUUUCAAAAACCUGGCACUACUAUAUUAUAUGUAGAGCAGAAAACUUAUCCGUAUAGACAUGUUACUUUGAAAAGGUGAUGGAGUUGAAAAAGGAAAAACACGACUUCACUGGGAAUCGAACCCAGAAUCUCUGGUUUCGUAGAUCAGCGCCUUAUCCAUUGGGCCAUGAAGUCUUUUUGCUUGUUUUAUUGAACCAAAACAUCUAUAGAUUAUAGAUUUAUUGCGUGCAAGAAAAGGAACCGUUUUGUGGGGGUAAAAUAUAUAACACAGAUUUGAUAGGAAGUUUUAAGUAUAGAGAAGCGGGGAAGAAGGAGAGGCGCUCAAAACAGAGUGAGAGAGAAACAGAGCCGAUUGAUUUUUAUAGUAACAUCUUUCUCUCUUCUUCAUACCCUUUUUUUCCUUUCUAAAAAGUUUACAAACGAGAGGAUCUUGUAGAGGAAUCAAACUAAGAAACCUAAUAAACACACGCAAUAUAUUUUGUCCUUUAAAGAGACUUGGAUGGCAAGGAACAGGAAGGAUAAAGAUGGAGGAUUCGGCACGGAUGGUUUGGUUGCUGUGGCGAUAGACAAAGACAAGAGCAGCCAAAAUGCUCUGAAAUGGGCUGUUGAUAAUUUAUUACAGAAAGGCCAAACCAUCCUUCUCGUCCAUGUCAAGCCUCGUGCUUCCUCCGUCUCAACAAACCCUUCUACUAACCCAAACUCUUCUAAGACAAGCCAAGCAAAUGGUGAUUCUUCAGUGGUGACUGUAGAACCAGACGGCUCUUACAAGCAGUUGUUCCUUCCCUUUCGUUGCCUUUGUUCACGCAAAGAAAUACAAUGCAAAGAUGUGUUGUUGGAGGAUUCAGAUGUGGGGAAAGCUUUAGUUGAAUAUGCAAAUCAGGUUAUUAUUGAGGUAUUGGUGGUUGGUGCUUCCUCAAAAGGAGGCUUUCUCAGGUUCAACAAACCUACAGACAUUCCAGUAAUCAUUACAAAGAAUGCACCUGAUUUCUGCACUGUUUAUGUCAUAACCAAAGGAAAGCUUUCAACAAAGAGAGCAGCCUCUCGUGCUGCGCCUUCUGUUUCUCCACUGCUCAUCGAGAUUCAACAGAAUAGCUCAAGGCCACAAUAUCCACGUUUGCCUUCUCCUGCAACUACUAACACAAGAGCAGCUGAGAGACAAUCAUUUGAGUCUCAGCGCAGGUCCCUUGACGAUCAAUCUGAGUCCUCCAGGCCACCCUUCACUAGAAGAGGCCUGAACGGGAGAUCAUCAUACGGAGAUCUAUCGAUUCCAGAUCCUGACAUAUCCUUGUUCAGCUCCGGAAGACCAAGUACUGACCGUCACUCCCUUUCCUUGUUUGACAAUUCUGACCAAAACAGGACUCCUCCUCCAAGGCUAUCAAAUUUCUCCGACAUUGACAAUGGUAGCUUCGAGUCGAUGAACUACGGACAGGGGUCAAUGGAUAUAAGCUCACCACCUGCUUCCUCAAGAGACUCAUUUGAGAAUGAAAGGUUUUCAUCUGCUGAACCAGGAGGGGAGGAUGUGGAGGCUGAGAUGAGGAGGCUUAAGCUGGAGUUGAAACAAACGAUGGAAAUGUACAGUUCAGCUUGCAAGGAAGCGCUCACAUCAAAACGGAAGGCAACGGAGCUUCAACGCUGGAAGUUAGAAGAAGAGCGGAAAUACGAAGAGGCAAAGCAAGCAGAGGAAGCUGCGUUAGCCAUUGCAGAGAAGGAGAAAGCAAAAUCCAAAGCAGCACUGGAAGCAGCUGAAGCAGCUCAAAGGAUUGCUGAAAUGGAGUCCAAAAAGAGAAUCAGUGCAGAGAUGAAAGCUCUCAAGGAGACUGAGGAGAAAAAAAAAGCCGUGGAUGCUUUAGCGAACGCAGAUGUCAGAUACAGGAAGUAUUCCAUCGAGGAGAUUGAGGAUGCAACAGAGUACUUUGAUGAGAAGUACAAGAUAGGCGAAGGAGGUUAUGGACCUGUCUACAAGUGUUAUCUGGAUCAGACACCUGUGGCUGUGAAAGCUUUGCAUACAGAUGCAGCUCAAGGCAGGUCACAGUUUAAGCAAGAGGUUGAAGUGUUAAGCUGCAUGAGGCACCCUCAUAUGGUUCUUCUGCUUGGAGCCUGCCCAGAAGGUGGGUGCUUAGUGUAUGAGUUCAUGUCCAAUGGGAGCUUAGAAGACCGUCUUUUCCAACAAGGAGACAGCCCACCUCUCUCUUGGCAGACGAGGUUCAGAAUCGCUGCAGAGAUAGGCACUGUACUGUUGUACCUCCACCAGACUAAACCAGAACCACUGGUUCACCGUGAUCUCAAACCGGCAAACAUCUUGCUAGACCGAAACUUUGUCAGCAAGGUUGCUGAUGUUGGCCUGGCCAGGCUGGUCCCUCCAUCGGUUGCAAACACUGUGACGCAAUACCGCAUGACAUCAACUGCUGGCACGUUUUGCUACAUCGAUCCAGAGUAUCAGCAGACAGGUAUGCUGGGCGUGAAAUCUGACAUUUAUUCACUCGGCAUUAUGUAUCUGCAGAUGAUAACAGGGAAGCCACCAAUGGGUCUAACUCGUUACAUUGAGAGUGCCCUCGAGAAGGGGAAUUUGAAAGAUGUGCUUGAUCCAUCUGUCUCUGAUUGGCCUGUUGAAGAUACCACAGAGUUUGCCAAGUUGGCGCUCAAGUGUGCAGAGAUAAGGAGGAAAGACAGACCUGAUCUUUCCAAAAUUAUCUUGCCAGAGCUCAAUAGAUUAAGAGCACUUGCUGAAGAAUCAAGUCGGUCUGCAGUAGUCAUCAACAGCCCCGGACCAAGCCCCACCGUUAGUCAAACUUCUUCCCCCAAGUUGAACAGAUGAAUGAGUAACCUCUGAAGUCUCAAGUUUUGUUGUGAUGAACAAAUUGAUCUGCACAGAAAUCAACAAUCCAUGUUUCACCAGAAGUUACAUUUAACCUUGGAAGCUGUAUAUAUAUACUCAUGAAACGAGCAAUUGAAUUUGCAUGCUCAAUGUAGAAAAUGUUCAAAUUGUAUAUAUGAUUAUAGUUAACUUACCAUCUAGUUCAGGAUGGAGAUUCAAAAGAUGAAGUCACGAAACCUUUUGUCUGUCUUCUCUAACAUAAAGCAAAUUCAAAAAUACAGUAGUCCUUCUAAUGAAACUUUCCAUUAACAAAUGUAUUGUAAUCUUACAAUAAAUAUCCAAUCUUUUUCAUAACGAUUAUUAUUCUGCUUACCAAAAAGAAUGUUAAAAUAAUCUUCAUCAAAGCUAAUGCUCUUCUUUACUCGUGAAAACUCAAGAACCAAUUGUAAAUUAGCCCAACAGCUUAACGUUGUGGAUUAGAGAUUACAUCGCCUCCACAACUUCAUCUCCUUCUGAUUCCUCAUCUACUGUUGGCUUGAUCCUCUUAGGUCUGCCACACAGUCUCACAUUUUUGCCAGACAAAAGUUUCAUU